ACAACAGUAGUAGUGGGAGGCAGGCGGCGGCGGGGUGAAGUAGUGCGCACCACACACCUCCAGUGACUCGGGUGUCACCAUGUGUGUUGAUGGUGACCUGUGAAGUUGUGUAAAAGGUCGCGGGUGGUGAGUGAGAGAUGCCUGUAGCGCGCUCGGUGUCGGCGUCCCAGCUGGCGAGAGGGGACGGGUCUCUGAGCACCCCUGGCACGCCUGACGGCGACUCCGGCCCAGCCCUCCUCCUCACGCAGAAAGCCCACACACUUGACAGAUUUUCUAAACCAUCAACAAUGAAUGGACAUGCAGACUCUCGUAGGAAGCGACCAUUUAUGUCUUUCAGGCUGAGCAAAAAGCCUGGAAAAUACAAGGAAAAUGGAAUGCCCCUAAAGAACGAUGUAAACCAGAAUCCCAAUGGUGUUACAGAUUCAUCUUCAAUCCAGACGAGCAUGAUCAGUGAAAAUGGAGUUGAGAGCCUGGAUGGUGGAAGUGAUUCCAGCAGUGCCUCGGUAAAACCAAAGAAAAAGUAUCUUACACGAAUGAGUUCGUUUGUUAGUCGGGUAGCUUUUAAGGUGCAAGGGGGCACCCCUAAUGCACCUGUGGGGAAUCAUAGAGGGAAGCUCGAGCGAAGUAAAACUAUUUCUGUGUCGGACCUUCAAAGUCCCAAAAUUGAGGAUUAUGUCGAGUUUGAGGAAGGUAAGGUGCCUGGAGUGAUGGGAAUACGUAACCAUGGUAACACUUGUUUUAUUAAUGCAGUGAUUCAGUGCCUCAAUCAUACUGAUGUACUUGCCGAGUACUUUGUCUUGGACCAGUAUAAACAUGACCUGGCAAGAUGUAACAAAAUAAAUUCAAAAAAAUAUGGCACUAGGGGCGAAAUUACAGAACAAUUAGCAGUGCUUCUGAAGGCACUCUGGACGCUCAGAUAUGUGCCAGAUUUGUCCAUGAACUUUAAAAACACUGUAGACAAAUACGAAUCUAUUUAUCGUGGUUCACAACAGCACGAUGCUGCCGAGUUUUUGAUGUUUGUGUUGGACAAGGUGCACGAGGAUCUCAAUACUGCAUCUAAAAGGAAGUACAAGAAGAUAAAGAACACUUAUGGUCGUCCUGACGAGGUUGUGGCAGCAGAAACGCUUGCUAACCACCUUAGAUGUAAUAGCAGUUUUAUACAUGAUAUUUUUCAGGCUCAGUUCAGAUCGUCAUUGAAGUGUCCUCACUGCCAGAAGGAAUCAAACACCUUCGAUCCAUUUCUGUGUGUGUCCAUUCCUAUCCCUCAGCGACAAGUACAGUCCAUUUUUGUCACCGUUGUCUACCUCAACCAACAACCCAAGCAGGUCCAGCUGGGUGUGAGUAUAGAGGCCAAUGCAACGGUCAGAGAGUUGCGUAAACAGUUGGCUGAAGACUGUGGCAUCUCGACUGAAAGCCUUAUUAUUACAGAAGUAGAUGGAGAGGGUUUCCAUAGAACUUUUACAGAUGGUGCCUCAGUGAACGUCAUUAGUGAGAGUGACCCCAUAUAUGCUAUUGAGUUGCCUCCUCACAAGGUGCCCACACAAGAAAGUGGUGCCUUUAUCCUCAUCACUUGGGUCAAUGUAGUCCUCGCCGAGCCUGAGAACAUAAGGUUUGGUGGUAUAUACCAGAGUCAGGUGGUGCGGGAUGUAACCUAUGUAGAUCUACAAAAACUAUUACUCAAAGAAAUGACCACAAUGGUUACCAAUGAUACCCUGACGUCUGAACAAGAAAGUGGACUGUUUCUAAUUGGAGUUGAUGAUGGAGGAAGUUGUGUUGUGUGCCUUGACCCAGCGCUGGAUGUUCCACUGUUCCAUGAAAGUGUGGAGCAGGCUUUGGCUCUCUGUGAACCUUCUGCUGGACCCCCACACAUUAAGCUCAUUCUGCAAUGGACUUCAGAAACCAAAGACAAAUACAUUAUUGAUGAUGUUGACCAUGUGGACGUGCACUCUAGUGUGAAGGACCUGAAGGAGAACCCCCAGCAGUGUGCCUCGGUAUCCUUGCACCAGUGUUUGCAGCUGCACACAUCGGCCGAGAAGCUAGGGUGUGGUGAUGCGUGGCACUGCCCGACUUGCAACCGCAAGCAGCAGGUGGUGAAGAGACUCAUGUUAUGGUCAGCACCACAGAUACUUGUAAUACACCUCAAACGCUUUAGACAAAUCAAGUACAAUCUUAAGGGCACUCUGCAGAGCAAUUCCUCGAAACUCUCAACUGCAGUCAAGUUUCCACUUACUGGUUUUGACAUUUCUGAGCAUGUUGCCAGUAAACCCAUUAACACGCACACUAACAGUAGUGUGGACUCGAGUGUGCUAGGUGGUGUGUGGUCCCCUUGGAAAAGACCAAAACGUUUCAUACCUCAUAGUGAUGACAACGUCUAUGAUUUGUAUGCAGUGUGUUACCAUCAUGGCAAGGACAUGCAAGGAGGACACUACACUGCCAUGUGUAAGAAUACUGCCGACAACAAAUGGUAUAGUUACGAUGAUAGCAAAGUUGAGGCUGCAUCUGAAGAUCAGGUGGUUGAUCCCGAUGCCUAUAUCCUUUUUUAUCAGCGGCGAAGUGAUGCUAGCCACAUCACCUGUAGUGAAGGUAGUGUGACGGAACACUGGGCUUACAGAAUACCUCUCUCAUAUUUGCCUUCAUCUCUCAUUCAGCAGGCUAAUAAGGAAAAUAAAGCACCACUACCACCACCACCUUUUGAGAGAGGAAGGUCAUAUGGGACAUUACCAGCAACGGUAAGAAACCAAAGACAAUCGUCUACAGAAAGAGAACAUGCAUCUGACACCGAAGCACCACUGGCCUCGCACGAUGAAUCGCCAGUCUUGAAGAGACGCUCCACCAGCACGUUGCAUGAAAAUGAGAACUCGCCUACUGAUGAUAUGCCAAAGUCCAACUUGAAGACUGAAACAAUUAAAGUAGAAAUCUUACCAACUCAGAAUGGAAUUGAAAAUGGUGAUUUUCACAUGGAGUGUGAAAACAGUGUUGCAAAUAUGCAGGAAAGUGACCAAGAAAUGAUAGAAGUACCACGUAGCUCAUCAAGCAAAACAGUUCUGAUAUCUCGAUGUCAAGCAUUAAGGGACCAAGACUUGACAGAUAUGAGUGACUCCCUACCAGUUCAAGGUACUGUGAAUGGCUUUACAGAAUCUUCAGAGAUUGACAAAGUAAUGACAAAUGAGGAGACCAAUGUGCCUUUAUUAGAGAAUCAAGUGAUUGAAAAUAGCCACGAGGAGCAAACUCCUGAAGUACGAAUCCACCCAGCUACACCAGAAGUGCUUGCAGCUCAUCAGGGACAUGGUGAGGGGCAGCCCAAACGUAGUGUAAUUACUCUUACCCUCCGGCCAAGAAAUCCCAGUGAAUCCUCGAGUGUGGGUAUGUGCGAGUCCCGUGUGAGAGUUGUGUCCCGUACACCAAGCAUGGUUAGUUCAUGCAGUACUUCUAGCAUUAAUAGUAAUCCUAUUGUAAAUGGUGUGGACCAUGUGUAUCAGAAUGGUAAUAUAGAUGAUCACAGGGAAAAUAAAAUGUAUGCUUUCUCUUGUGAUUCAACACCUGAAGUCAGAAUCACACCUUUGACAAAGACAUUCGAGUCUUCAUCAAAUCUUGCUCCCUCCAGAGUGUCCACGAGGUGCACAAAUGCUAACAAGACUGCAAGUUUUGUUGUAAUAAAUACUCCGACAGUAAGUCCACGAGCGCCUCGGCCAAAGACUCCUGUCUCGAAUAGCUUUAAUGGUUCACCAAGGCCAUUUACCCCAAGAAAUAAUGGAAAAUCGAGAGAUUCUUCUGUAGAUUCCUACAAGAGUCAACGGUCUUUAGUUAUAAAGAAGGAACCCACAAACAAUUGUAAGAAUCAAAAUUUACUCCCAUCUGUUAGUUACUGUGGCUCGGUUAAGAACUGCUACAAUGGUGUAAGCUCCAAAAUCAGUAAAUUUGAAAGAGGAGAUUUCAAGUACAACAGGGAUUCUAAAUGUGAUUUGAGAGAUUUAGAAUACGAGAGGGAGCAGCCCAAUGAUCGAGAAUUGGUUUAUGAUGGAGAGGCAAAAUAUGAACAUGGAGGAGCAAAGUAUGAAAGGGAAUGUAGAUAUGAAAGGGACAUUAAGUAUAAUAGAGAAUUAAGGUAUGAUAGUGAUCUCAGUUUUGAUAAAGACAACAAAUAUGAGAGAGAUGUGAAGUAUGAUAAAGAAAGCAGGUUUGAUAGAGAUUAUAAGUUUGAAAGAGGAAGCCUUUGUGAGAGGGACUUUGAGAGAGCCUACAAAUAUGAGAGAGAAGGUCUGUGUGAACGAGAUUAUGAUUAUAAGUACGAUGGAGACUCAAAGAGUAAGAGAGAUUAUAGAUAUGAUAGAGAUCUAAUAUAUGACCGGGAUUCAAAAUAUGAAUUCAAACUUGGUAGAGAUGCUAGAUGUGAGCGAGACUGUGUAUUUGAUAGAGGAGACAUAAUUGGAAAGAGCAGAUUGUGUGAGAGUCGGGACCACUGCUCCUCUCAGGAUUAUUCUACGGGGCUAACAAACACUGCCACAAACCCCCCUGUAAUUACAGAGUCCAGCGUAUGAUAGCGCCUACAGUGCUGUUUGCUCUUCUUGCCAGAGUCAUUUAAUUUUUAGCAAACAGUAAUUUUCCAUAAAAAAAAUCAUAAAAUGUAAGAUUUUAUGAGCCAAGUGUGAUAUAAUUUAUUUCAACAUACCAUGGUGAUGUAUGUAAACAAACAUCAGUCAUAUGUCUGGCGUGGUAGCCUUGCAUCCCACUUGAUUUGAUUGGUGAUAUGCAGCUUUUGGUAUUGUGUAUUAUCUCAUAUGCAAAUCUUUAGAAUUUUAAAGAUAUUCAGGUUGAAUAUACAUUUUAUGAGGCACAUAGGCUUUUUCAUAUGCACAUGCUGUUUAUACAUUCCAUAUUUGCAGAUUUCAUACAUAUAGAAAAUAUGUAAAUAAUUUUUAAUGAAAAAUGUUUAUUAGAAUUUUUAUAAAAUAUUCCUAAAUCAAGUUUAAGAAUAAUAUAUAUAUACAUAUACAUAAUAUUGAGUAGUUAUUGAAGUGUGGGAGUUUGUAAGGAAAGGUUAUAACCAGUUUGACCACUGGCAGCUCAAAUAUGUUAGGGGGAGUUCCUGUGCCGGUGACAGCCUGUAGACCGUGCCAGACUUCAUCUUCACAAGGAUGACUGCACGCAACAGUAAUACUGAAGAAAAGAAACAAAACAAGUUGAUAAAGAAUGUUUACAAAGGUGUUAUCCAGUGUGAUGUUGCAUUUUUUUAUAUGCACAAUUUUUUUUUUAAAUCUAGAUCACGAAUAUAUGGAGUGCAAAAGUUCGUUGUUUGGGGUGUGUCUCGUGUUUUCAUGUUGGCACUAUUAGGGUGGGUGAAUUUGUGUGUAUGUUAUCUUAAGAUAGGCAUUCAGUACUGUUUCAAAUGGACGAAAAAAUAAUAGCAUAAUGUGAUGAUGAGUUGUUUUUCACAUUGCAUUUUCUUUUAUUUAUUGGGUCCAUUUUCAGGUGAUACAAUUUUGGUGAUAUUCUCACUACACAGCACUGGAUACACGUCAGGUUUUUUAUGCUGUAAGUUUUAGCUUGGAUGAAUCACUUCUAUGAAGAUACAUGACCAUAUGCACUUUGUAAAUGACAACUCAUCAAGAUGGACCUGGAAUUCAUUGACAGUUGAGUGUUUGUGCAACUUAAAUGUCCAUGUAAAUUAUUUUUAUUGUAUUAUAUGUUGCAAGUAUGUUUUUGGUUGAAUAUCCUAUUUAUGGAUAUUAUUAUGGCUGUGGUGUGCUUGAACCUGUUUUAUUUUGUAUUUAUGGCUGCUAUAUUUGAAAAUCAAUCCAAAGGUAAUGUUUUUGAUGUAACAUAUCAGUUUGGUUAUUUUAUGAUGCUACUUGAUUUGUAUAUAUUUGGUCAGAAUAAUAAUAAUAAUAAUAGAAAUAAUAAUAAUAUAAUAAUUGCUA